CCAGGGGUUUGUUUGCGGAUGAGGGUCACCAUGGUAACAGUCGCUAGAGGCAGAAGAGAGAGGAAGCGAGGGGGUGAGCGAAAGGUGAAAAGGAGAGAGAUGUGGGAGUCCAGCUCUGAUUGGCUCUUCCUUCCAUCCGGCAUCCUCUCAAUCAUAUAAUACAAUUUCUACUUCCGUUAACCUCCAACUCAGUCGCUGUAGAGCGCUCUCUCUCUCAUCUCUCCACAUCCCUCGCACUCACUCACUCGCUCCCAGUGGCGUCCCAUGUGGGCGGAGGUUAUCUCAGUCUCUGGGCCUGUUAAACGGUAGCUGAGCAGUAGGAGUAGGAGAGGGAGAGUGAAUGGAUCAGUGUUUGGACCGGUUGAUGUUUCUGCUCGUCGGUCAUCGUGGAGGUCGGGGAAGAAAACGGGAUGAGGAGAUUAGCGAGGGAUGAAUGUGAGCUGGAUGACAGGCACUAUGAGGAUAAGAAAGUGCUAUGUGCAGACAGAGUGGGCCAGAUGACGAAGACCUACAAUGACAUCGAUGCUGUCACACGUCUGUUGGAGGAGAAAGAGAGAGAUUUGGAGUUGGCUGCAAGAAUCGGCCAGUCGCUUCUGAAGAAGAACAGAAAUCUGACUGAGCAGAACGACUAUCUGGAGGAACGAGUGGCACAAAUCACAGAAGAGGUGGCCCAGCUGCACCAUGAGCUGAACCUGAAGGACGAGCUGCUGCAGUUUUACACCAACGCAGCCGAGGAGAGCGAGGACGAGUCCACCAGCUCCCCGACGGGUAAGAAAAGUAAAGUGGAAGCUGCUACAGGAGGCACACUCCAGAAGAAACUCAAAGAGCUGGAAGAGGAGAACCUCUCACUCCGCUCAGAGGCAAACCAUCUGAAAUCAGAGACUGAAAUUUAUGAAGAAAAGGAGCAGCAGCUUGUCAACGACUGUGUGAAAGAGCUCCGGUUGUCCAGUCUCCAAAUCAACACCAUAGCGGAGGAAUUGGCUCGUAAAACUGAGGAUGCGUCCCGCCAGCAAGAAGAGAUCACGCACCUCCUCUCUCAGAUAGUAGACCUGCAAAAGAAAGCCAAAUCUUUCGCGGUGGAGAAUGAGGAGCUUUCUCAACACCUGGUGGCGGCCAAAGAUGCCCAAAGGCAGCUCACAGCAGAGCUGCAGGAGCUGGAGGAGAAGUAUUUAGAGUGUAUAGAGAUGCUGCAUGAAGCCCAGGAGGAGCUGAAGAACCUGAGGAACAGAAACUUCCCUGCAGGAACCCCUCGACGUUACCAUCCUCUGGGAUUGUACCCGAUGGAUUCUCUGGCGGCUGAGAUUGAGGGAACGAUGAGGAAGGAGUUGAGUCUGGAUGACCCCGAGUGUGAGGAGCAGAAAAGCCAUCGGAAGCGCGUGUUUGAGACGGUCAAGAACGUCAACCAGACAGUCCGUCAGCGCUCUCUGACGCCAACCAGCGCCAACAUCCCGGGUUCCAACCAGUCUCUGUCGGCUCGCACAUCGCCCCAGUCAAGCGGCCUCUCCACGCCUCACUCCAUCAUGUACGGAGGUGACAUCAGCGGAGACAACGUUGCCCUUGACAACCGAACGCAGAGCAUCCUGAUGGAGACGGCAGCCAAUCAGGACAGCAGCACGGAGGGCCGAGAGAAAAAGGCCACAGCUGAGGACCUGCGUCUCGCCCUGCGUCGCCUCUCUCUGCGUCGACAAAACAACCUGAGCGAGAGGCGCUUCUUUGAUGAGGAGAGGGAGCGCAGACGGGGAGGACACGGAGGUCUACACGACGCCCUCGGCCAGGAGGGUUCGUUGACCCCCUCGGAAAGCAUCAUGUCCCUUGGGAACCUCCACCUCUGGGCCUCACGAGGGCCCUACCUCCCUGACAAACUCCAGAUCGUCAAACCGCUUGAAGGCUCGGCCACGCUGCAUCACUGGCAGCAGUUAGCUCAGCCUCACCUCGGGGUGAUCCUGGAUGCCAGGCCGGGAGUCGUGCCGAAGGGCUACAGACCGCUGGAGCUGGAGCUGGAGCAGGUGUAUCCGUGGGGUGGCUUCGAGGAGGAAGAACCCGGGGAGCAAUACUUCCAGAAUCUGCCCACCUCCUCCUCCUCCGCCACCGCCGUCGCCUCGCCAGCCGUGCCCUCCACCUCCAGCACGGGUGACACCAACCUCGGGCAGCCUCUACCCAGCCUCCUUCUACCUUCUCCACCCUCUCCAUCACCAUCUCCACAUCUCAGCAACACUGACGUCCUGGCUGCGUACUACCCCGGUAAAUGCAUGGCUCACACCAGCUCCACUUACACCUUCACAACCUGUCGGAUCCUCCACCCAACCGAUGAGCUGACGCGGGUCACGCCAAGUCUAAACUCAGUCCCAGCGUCGUCCUCCUGCGUGAUGACCAGCACUCUGUUGGGUACUCCUGCUGUGACGCCCUGCACGCCCCGCAGACUCAGCCUCAGGCCGUCCGAAUCCUCAACUAACCUCAGAGAUGCAACACGCACCACCAGCACUUCCCUGGGGUUAGUGCGCCUUCUCCAGGAGCGAGGGAUCUCAGCAGCGAUGUAUCACCAGAGCCAGGGCCUGGAGUACGGUCAAGGCAACGGCGGAGUCUUAUUCAGCACCUCCAUCACCCCUAACCGAGCGCCCAACCCCGACCCUCUGCGCCCCUCCACCCCUCCCAACUCGCCCACAGGACAGGGAACUUCAGCCGCGCCAACGCCCCCGGACUUCGACUUCAAGAGCCCUUCCUACGACAACUUCCUGACCUCCAAACCGGCCCGCUCCAUCCUGAAGGAGGUGACGGGGAGGAUGAGGGGCAGGCAGAGAGGGAAGGACUGCGAAAGCCAAACGGACGUUAGCGUGACCGUCCACAACCUUAACCUGCUGGACAAGGUGAAGCGGCUGGGCGUGGCUGGAGCUCCAGGGGGCAGAGCAAUGAGUCCCGCACCCAUCCUGGGGCCCCUGGGUGGGCUGCGCAGAUCCGGCUCCCCUUUUGGGCCCGAUGGAAUGAGGAGGAACCGGAGUUAUCCCGCCAUGGUUGGGGCCAGCAUGGCCAUGAAAACCCCGGGGCCCCAGGAGUAGUCUGGACUGCUGCUGGCGUUUAGGGUAGCCAAGUAGGAGCCAGGCAGGGCCGAGGACUGACUGUUGAUCAGUCGCCUGGAGCCCAAACACUGACUGACACUGUUCAUACUGUACGACGUGGCACUACUGACCAGUUUCUAUUCACUACUGUGGUUCCACACGGACACUAUCCACUCUUUGAUGCUUCUAGGUGGUGACUCAUGCUUGAAUUAAAAGCAAAAUAGCUUAACCCAAAUUAUAAAACCUAUUCUGCACCCGUGCAGAUAGUUUUGGUUUAAUGUGCCGAUAUUAUCUCUGAAAUGUCUCAGAGAUUUGACACAUAUCUAAAAAUCUGGGCAUAUUAAACCAAUUUUACAUAAUUCAACUUUAUGUAAUUGGGUGAACUGACCCAUUAAAAGCAGAAUAUCAAUAUACUUAUUGAGAUAUCUCCCACUGCUGUCCACUCACAUCCCUGCUUUGGAGGCUGACUCUGCUGGCUAGAUGUAGUACUCCCACUCCUUUUGCCUUUUUGCUGAAACGCAUCCACAAAAUCCCACAUACACAUCCUGACAUACGCAGGUGCACUCUGUUAAAUAAAUCUGUCAUCGCACUAGUUGGCUCUUUGCAGUCUCUGUAGCACUAAAACAUGCCUAUCUUCUUCUCUAUUAUUGGAUUAAGAGCCACCUUUUAUACAUGAUCACACAUACAUGAAAAUAUGUCACCCUUUACCCAUCGCUCCCAGUCUUACCCCUUCUUAAAUCCCCCCAACGUGAUUAGGUGUGAGUCUGACAAGUCACUUUCAACAAAUCAUUAAAUAUAUUUUAUGUCAGUAUUAAAGAUACUUUGGUUCAGUUUCCUAAUUGGCUAUUAGACCGGAAAGUUGAUGGUGCUUCCAGUGAACGGGACGGAUCGAUACGCAGAAGCAGCUCACGAAGCGAACGGCGAGAGGGGUGAGGGAAGUGGCGUAUCAGCCGUCGUGGUUUCGGAGAAAUGAAGCAAUAUAGUGCCUAGACUAUCUGUUUUUCAUCAUUUAUGUUCUUCAUGUGUUCGAUUAAGGGUGUGAAAAAGCUGUCACAACCGUUGUUGCACUAUUUAUUUAAAAAAUCCUAUGAAUUUAACCUAUUUUUCAUAAAAAAUAUGUUGUCUCACAUGUGCUCACUGUAUAUACUGUCACUAAAUCAUCAGUAAUGACACACUCAUAAAGGAACCGUUAUGUGUAGUGCAUAACCAAGAACCAUACGUCACUGUAAGUAUCCGGGUGAGCAUGUAAUGAGGGUUUUUUCCAAAAUAAAAAUUCAGUAAUCAAACAUUAA